UGAACCCAGGAAAAUGUGCCCAGUUCGAAUGUAAACAGAGGAACCGAGGCCACGCUGAUGAUGACCAAAGCAGGUCACUUUCUCGUGUAGAAAGCAAUGGUUUUGGUGACUUACUUGUUUUUGGAAGAGCUUGCCAUUUAGCUGAACAUGUGGGAAGAGUUCCAAUAACAUCAAGAGAGAUCUUGUCAUGGCGAAGGAGUAAAUAAAUUGGAAUUGAAAAGGGUUGGGGGGGGAAGAGUGGAUUGUUAUAAAUUUGGGUUUUUUUGCGGGGGAGGGCUGGGAGAUGGUGACCAAAUUGACCGCCUUGCAGCUGGAGCUGGUCAAUGCACUGGUUGACUCUGGGCUGACCAAGGAGACCCUAGUCGAAGCUCUUCAGGAACUGGAGCCUUAUCCAGUUUGCCAGACCGAGGAGGCUCAGGGCGCGGCGCUCAGCAUCCUCCCCAACGAUGGCUCCAAACCCGAAUCCCUGCCGACCUUGGUGAACGGCCACAGCAACCCCGAGAAACUUUCCGGGGACGAGAGCUCAGAGGACGGUGACGAUGACUACGACACUCCGGCUAUCCUGAAGGAACCGCUCAACCUCAGCCCCGAGGAAGCUGCUCAGCAAAGGGCGAUCGUGGAACAACUUCUCCAGGAGGACCCAUGGAGAGCAGCAAAGAUGAUCAAGUGCUACAUGCAACAGCACAAUAUCCCACAGCGAGAAGUGGUAGACACAACUGGCUUAAACCAGUCUCACUUGUCGCAACAUCUGAAUAAGGGAACGCCAAUGAAAAACCAGAAAAGGGCUGCUCUCUACACCUGGUAUGUCCGGAAACAGAGAGAGAUCGCCCAGCAGUUCAGCCAACCAACACAGAAGACAGGCCAGAAUGUGGCAGAGAGCAGGCAGCAGCUGUUUCUCUUCGCAGAGUACAGCAGUGCAGCUCAGGGAGCUCCUGGGGAAGAACCUAUCGAAGAGCCAAUCAGCAAGAAGAUGAGGAGAAACCGAUUCAAGUGGGGUCCCGCCUCGCAGCAAAUCUUAUUUCAGGCUUACGAGAGACAAAAGAACCCAAGCAAGGAAGAACGGGAAGCAUUGGUCGAAGAGUGUAACAGAGCAGAGUGUAUACAGCGAGGGGUUUCUCCAUCACAAGCCCAUGGCCUGGGCUCUAAUCUUGUGACUGAGGUGCGGGUGUACAACUGGUUUGCAAACCGUAGGAAAGAAGAGGCCUUUCGGCACAAAUUAGCAAUGGAUGCAUAUGGCACUCAGCAACCCCAUACAGUAACCCCUGUGACACCCCAUAAUAGCUCACCCAUGCAGCCAAGUGCCUUGUCACCCAGCAAGUUACAAGGAGUACGGUACGGGCAGCAAGCCUCCAAUGAUGUUGUGCCUACAUCUGUUAGCCAUCAGAACAACAGCACCAUGGUGACAACUCACACUGUACUGCAGCCUGUCUCUCCUCCAGGCCUGGAGCCAAGCCAUAGCUUGUUGACAACGGAUACCAAAUUGGUAAGUGUGUCAGGAAUUUCCCGAACUUCAGCAUUGCUGUUGCACCUUGUAACAAAUUUAUUGAGGAGAAAGAGAAAACUUGAACGAGUGCAGGAGUAUCAGAGUGUCUUUGAAAACCUGAAAGCUGUGCUGCCAACUACACUCACUUUAUCCACAACAAACUGUGAGAAGCCAUCCAAGCUGGCCAUUCAUACCAGUAACAGCACUGUAGAGACUGUUUUACUGCGAGAUGAUGAAACGGGGAUCGAACAGCCUGUUAGUCAUUUUUCAAAGAAACCGAUAGCAUGUCAGUAA